UAUCUCCCCUCCCCCCCCCCGGUUCGGCCCACCCAAUUCCAAUUUUGGCAAUCCCCAAUUUCUCCAAGUUCUCCAAUGCUCUUCCCAUUCUAGCCCACCUCCAUCCCAAGAACUCUCCUCCCUCCUUGCUCCUCCUAUGGGCAACGGCUUCGCGAAGCUGACCCCCUGCUUCGCAGGCGACGGCCACGUCGCGGUGACGUCGGAGCUUCCCGGCGACGAGAGCCUCGGUCACUCCUUCUGCUACGUCCGCCCUGACCUUCCCCUGGGACGUUCCGGUUCCUCUAAGGUCUGCCACUCCGAGGAGACCACCACCUUCCGUUCCAUCUCUGGCGCAGCCGUGAGCGCCAACGCUGCCACCCCGCUGUCCACCGCCCUCCUCCUCCUCCUCCACUCUGAGCUCACCUGCUCCUCCGCCGCCUCCUUCGAGAGCUCGACCUCCUUCUCGUCCGUCCCCCUACAGCCCGUUCCCCGCUUCUCCGGGCCCCUCUCCGCCCCCCUUGCCGCCGACCGAGGCUUCAUGUCCGGGCCUCUCGCCGCCGAACGGGGCUUCAUGUCCGGGCCCCUCGCCGCUGAAGGGGGGUUCAUGUCCGGCCCCCUCGCCGAUCGUGCCGGAGGCGGCAUCCUCUCCGAUCCCCUCGAUCUCCCCUCCUCCCUGUCCACCUCCUCCUCCGGCCACUUCCACCGCAACCAGUCGCAGAGCCUCGCCCUCCGCCGCCUCCGGCGGCUCCGCCCCCGCCGCACCGCCUCCUCCCUCCUCCGCGGCGCUGCCAAGGCCAUCGCCCGCACCAUCGCCGCCGCCUCUAAGCUCCGAUCCAAGUCUUCCCCCAUCAUCAACUCCAAAGAAUCCGAUGAUUCCAGAGCCACCGAGACUACUAAUCCAAGCAGCGGCGACUCGACUACAAACCCAAGCAGCGGCGUUAGCGGCUCGACGCCCCAUCCGAUCAGCGGCAGUGAUCAAAUGAGCGUGGAGGACACCGAAGACUCGGAUUCCUCCGAAGCCCCGACCAGCAAUCUGCAGUGGGCGCAGGGGAAAGCAGGGGAGGACCGCGUCCAUGUUGUGGUCUCGGAGGAGCACGGAUGGGUCUUCGUCGGCAUCUAUGAUGGCUUCAAUGGCCCUGAUGCCACGGAUUACCUCCUCUCCAAUCUCUACUCAGCCGUGAACCGGGAGCUCAAGGGCCUACUUUGGGAGGACAAGUACGAUGGUCCAGAGCCUUCCGAUGACUCCAUCGAGGAAUUCGACACAAAGGCCACUACCUGUCACCAAGGGUAUGAUGGAUGUUGCAAAGAAGGAAGGACGAGUUCAACUACUACUGGGAGGAGGUGGUGUAAGGGGCCAGCCAGGAAGUGGGAGGAAAACCAGAGAAGGUGGAAGUGUGCAUGGGACAAGGAAAGGUUGGAGCUUGACUGGAAAUUGAAGGAGCAACUGAGCCAGUCGAGCUCGAGAGGCACCGUGAACCACAGGGAAGUGCUGAGGGCUCUGUCCCAGGCUCUGAGGAAAACAGAGGAUGCCUACUUGGACAUCGCUGACAAGAUGGUCUCGGAGAAUCCGGAGCUGGCGCUGAUGGGAUCGUGUGUCUUGGUGAUGCUCAUGAAGGGCGAGGAUGUGUACUUGAUGAAUGUGGGGGACAGCCGUGCAGUUCUAGCACGAAAGGCCGAGCCUGAUAUAUGGAAUUCGGUGGGGAAGGCGACGCAGGAUUUGGAACGGAUUAAGGAGGAGAUGCUGCGCGACCUUGAAGCAAAUGAUCGCGGUGAUCAGAUGGAUGGGGCACCAGCUUUGGCUGCCCUGCAGCUGACCUUGGAUCACUCCACUUGUGUUGAAGAGGAAGUGCGCAGAAUUAAAAAUGAACAUCCUGAUGAUCCUUCUGCUGUUGUGAAUAAUCGGGUGAAGGGUUCACUGAGGGUGACAAGAGCUUUUGGAGCUGGCUUCCUAAAGCAGCCAAAAUGGAAUAAUGCACUCUUGGAGAUGUUCAGAGUUGAUUAUGUGGGGAGCUCCCCAUACUUAUCAUGCAGUCCAUACCUCUUUCACCAUAGGCUUAGCCCAAAAGAUAGAUUUUUGAUACUUUCAUCUGACGGGCUUUACCAAUACUUCACUAAUGAAGAGGCGGUUUCUGAAGUUGAGAUGUUCAUAGCAACAAUGCCUGAAGGGGAUCCCGCACAACACCUUGUCGAAGAAGUACUUUUUCGUGCGGCAAGGAAAGCUGGGAUGGAUUUCCAUGACUUGCUUGAAAUACCACAAGGAGUUCGACGGCAAUAUCAUGAUGAUGUUUCCAUCAUAGUUAUCUCUUUGGAAGGAAGAAUAUGGAGAUCUUUCAUGUAAAAUAAGGACAAAUACAACGAAGAUAUAGAGAUAUGGAAAGUUUGGGCUUCUUUUGUUUUUUCCAUCGCCAUUGUACCAUAAUAAUCAAGCUCUGCGAGAGAUAAGAGUGCCCAUGCAUUGGGAGGUGGUGCAGACUGUAUAGGAGCAGAAGCUGCUUCAAAAUGAAUUUAGCUGUUGUAGAAAGGAAAUAUGUACUCCAUCAAAAAGAAAAACGAAAGGAAGUAUGUACUCUUCUAAUAACUGGUUCUCCCUAAGAGUUCCAUUAUUCAAAUUAAAAGUGAGACGCAUUUGUCUCAUUUCUUCUCGCCAUUUA